AGACUUAUCUCUCAAGUGAGAGAGGUGUGAGUUGUGCUUUUUUUAGCAGGGAGGUCGAGCCCGGCAGGGUUACCCGAAAUACACGGGCAAGGGCGUGUGUGGCUGCUGGGAUGUGUGAUUAUAGCCGGCCUGCUGCUUUAACCUGCGUUUCUGCUUUUCAGCCAACCAGAAAGAGCGCCGCCUUCCCCAGCUUCGUGGACGUCCCGGGCCCCUGCGAGCCAGAGGACCUCAUUGAUGGUAUCAUCUUUGCUGCCAACUACCUGGGAUCCACGCAGCUUCUGUCUGAGCGGAACCCACCGAAGAGCGUUCGCAUGAUGCAGGCCCAGGAGGCCGUCAGCCGAGUUAAGGUAAGGCGGGUCCAGGAGGCCGUCAGCCGGGUCGGUGUAAGGCGGGUCCAGGAGGCCGUCGGCCGGGUCGGUGUAAGGCGGGUCCAGGAGGCCGUCGGCCAGGGCUCCCCGAGUCCCACUUCUGUCACCGUGGUAACACUCGGCUGGGAAGGGACGACCUUCCUGUUCGGGUAUAGAACGG